AUGGAAAAGACUAGGGGAGGUCUUUCCGCAUCCCCAUCCUCGCCGAUGCCUCGACCAGCACAGUCCGCCAUCGGAGGCGCCACUUCGCCACCCGCUCAGGACUCCACCGUUCCCCCAUCUGAGGGUGAAACGCCUUCUCAGUGCCGGCAUCCCACCAGGAGGCCACCCACUGACCCUGUGUCGCCCGCCGCCAAAGCCAAGAGGCCUGCUUCUCGACCACCUGCGAAGAGAGCCAAGUUCUCGGAUCCUGGAGAGCCAUCCCAGACACCUCAGGCAGAGCCGCCUAUUGAGGACUCUCAGAUCCCUGUGGGGGUUCCUCUCGAGACCAUCAUCAGGCAGCCUAUGAUCGUAGGGCCGCCUAUAGAGGGCAACCUGGAUUGCAGAGAUCGAUCAUUCUACUCAAAGACCUGGUUCGACAUCAAGGCUCUCAGACAACAGCCAGAGCUCAAGGAUUCAUUCCGUUUGCUAUAG